AUGAAGUACGCCGUAGUAGCUCUUGCUUUAGCUGGUGUAUCCCAAGCCGCCUCGUCCAACAGCUCUUCUACUCUAAUCCCUUCCAACAUCACCUCAACUUGUACCACUUUCCUCGAAUCACUCAACUCUGACGGUACUCUUUCAUCAUGUGUUACUCCCUUGAUCAAUGCUACCGCUUCCUUUUCGCCUACAUCCGGAUCCAAUUUGACUGAAGAUUCGAUAAACUACACCCUCGCAUCGAUCUGUAAGACAAACGCUGGAUGUUCCGAUACUACCAUUCGCGGAUGGUUGGCAAACUUCUACUCUCAAUGUUACAACGAAUUGACUUCUGCAACAGCAUACAAUUCUGAUGUCAGAGAAUUAUACGACAUUCUUUAUGUCGUUAACCCUCUCAAAGACGCUGUCUGUUCUAUCAAUUCUUCGAAUCAAGAAUACUGUGUCAACGAAAUCGUUGCCUCUGAGAAACAAACAUCAUCCAACUCUACUGCCUCUGCCAACUCCACCGCCACUGCUACUGCUGGUAACAACACUCUUUUCGCCAAUCUCGCUGCUACCGCCAGUGAUUUAACCAACCCUAUUCAGUAUGCCGCUCAAAAUCUGUAUAUCGAGGUAUCAGUUGCCGCAUCAUCCCUUUCCAAACGAUUCGCCGAGAACGUUUUAAACAGGAGACAAGAUGCUCAAUCAGUCAACAUGGUCACUGUUAUCAAACCCAACACCGCAACGUACAAGAGCACCAACCUCCCAUUCCUGUUCUUACAACCCUCAUUGGCUUCAUCAGCUUUAUGUACACCUUGUACUCGAGAAGUCUUGGUAGCUUACGUCAAAUGGGAAACUCAAGUACCUUAUGCUUUGGGUCUCAAACAAUCUCCAAUCCUAGGUGGUCAAUCUGAUCUGUGGAAUGCCAUCAACUCUACUUGUGGUAUCUCAUUCAUCAAUGCUAUCAAAUCAGAAGUUGGAGCUUUAGCUCAAAACUUCUCUUCUUCAGCUCAACCUUCCUUUGUGGCUCAAAAUGGCGUACUUGGAAUGUCAGUGAUGGUAGGAGCUACUUUCACCGCUGGUUUAGUCGCUCUUUUCAUCUAA